AAUUAUCCAACUGUAGUCUUCUAGAUAUUUUUUCGAUCUUGUCUGUGGCAAAAAGAUGAAUUUCAUUGGUGAUUCUGUAGCCAGAAACCACAUGGAGUCUCUUCUCUGCCUCCUGUCAAUGGAAGAAACUCCGAAAGAUAUCUACCUCAUGGCAAAGUUUCUAGUGGCCGGACUCGAAAGGACUCAUGCUAAGAAGACCGGAACAGGAAUCUAUGAUCUCGACAUUGACAAGCGAGCAAUGGGCAAUUGAUCUGCUAAAUACAGACAUUGCCAUUGCCAUUGGAAAUCUUAACAUCUCAGAUAGAACAGCUUGAAGAUAUUUAAACGUGACAGCUUAAAAAAGAAGAAGUUUGAGGUUUUGGAUGUGACUAGGGUUAUGCUAAUGAGACCAGACGGGCACCCGAAUUCUUACUGGGGAAAUAAAUGGAUGAAGGGUUUCAAUGACUGUACUCACUGGUGCUUGCCUGGACCAAUCAAUGCCUGGAGCGAGUUUCUCAUGGCCAUACUCAGACAACUCAGGUAAAUCUUGAGGAUAAGAAAUUUUAAAAAGUAUAAGGUGAUGUCUUAAUUCAAUUCUCAUUACAACCUUUAGUUAUAUGUGUAAGAAAGAGAAGACACAUAUUAUUUACAGGACAUAUACAAAACUGCACAUACCUGGCAUUGUUUAAUGUAUUCAUGAUCAUAGCCUGCAAAAAAACAUUGAGCAGAGGAAUAACAGUUUCCACCAUUCUUAGUGUUCAUGUGAAGACAUGAAACAUAAAAAUUUCCUGUGAUCUUCCUAAGAAUCUCAAAGUG